AUAUCAGACAUUUGGCAUCAUGAACGAUAUAUCAUAACACAUUUUUGUCCAAACAGACAAACAUGCCAUCCACCCAUAUUUCACAAGUUCGCACUUUUUGUGGCAGUUUGGACUUUCAAUUGCAGGUGCAGGACUGUAACAGAAUCGGGCUGCGGUCUUUGAAGCCAGUGUGCACCCACAGCCCACUAGCGGCGGUAGUCCAUAUCAACGUGAGCCUGAACAAACGCUUAACAUUUGUCCAUAUAUAUAUAUAGUAUUUGGCCCUUAUAAACACUCAGUGGUGCCCCAGGGCAAAGUUAGUCCACCCCUGAUCUAGCUGCUUGGAAACUUGACUUGUGUCCUGAUCAGGUCGCUAUCAGCCGCAUUACACUGACAUUCUACCACCCUUGUUUUCCCACUUCAACCAUCUCGCCCAGUUCUACCGACUCACUGCUCCAGUGGACCUGCGCUGACUUGGGGACAAGGCACAGACACAGGACAUUUCGGGGCAGCCUUUACCAAAUAACUUAGUGUGAGCACUCUCCACUGUUAAUAUCUUCACACACACAGAACUGGCGUUGAUGAUAUAGAGGAUGUUGAUUCAGCCCUAGAAACAGUCCCCGAAAAAGAAAAGAACUUUAACAUAAUCACCGAGGCACCCGUGUGAUGAUAUGGAAUGCCGCAAUAGGAUUAGCAGCUCAACAGAAAGCUCAUCAUGCUUCAGAUGACCAAGGGCUCGCUGAGAUUCAGGAGCAUUGCAGUCUUAGCGUUUUCCGCUGAUGCUUUAAGAAAAACCGCCGAGCUCGAGAGGAAGACGGGGAUGGGGAGAGGUAUAAAGGGGAGAGGAAGACAGUCACGUGGUUCUGUUACCCGGCUGCCAUCACUCCAUUUGCUCUUCGCACCUGGCUGUCUGUCUCCCUGCACUGACGUCUAGCACCACCACAGGUCAGUGUGCUCAUAGCCUACCUUAACUACUGUGGCUCUGCAGUUCACAGUCUGUCUAUCUCAGACUACACAGUCAAUCCUUACGCUAAUCCUGGAUUAUUCCGGAAAACAAACAAGGGCUUCAUUAUCAAUGAAACGAAUACGUUGUGUUGGACAUCCUUUUCAUGUGAUAAAUACCAUUGACUUUAAAACCAAAUAUUUCUACCGGUUUAACAGAUUUUCACACCAUUCUGCUUUUGUACCUCUCUCAUUUGUUCUAUGGCUGUUGAAUUGUGGUCCCUCUCCAGCUUUGAUAUGUCUGUGCUACGGUGGGUACUGUUUGUUCAGUUAUUCCUGGUCCCGUUAUUCCUGAGGGUCUGCUCGUCCCCCAACGCCCAGCUCCUGUGUGGUUCGCAGCUGGUGGACGCCCUCUACCUAGUCUGUGGAGAAAAUGGAUUCUUCUAUAACCCCAAAAGGAGUUCCAGAGACUUACACUGGACACACCUUCCAGAAACGGAUUGUGAAGAUCUGAUUGCACAUACAUUAUGGCUAGUCAAAAGACUAAAAGGAAUUUUGGAGGGAAGUUGUUCGCUGAUAUGCUUUACUGAAGUCUCUUCACAUCUUUGUUCCCUAAGACCAUCUCUUCAUCUUUCUCUUUCCGUCAAAGGGUUUAGGACUAAGAGCAGACAUGGUCAGAAGGCUGAGCAGGAGCGUCCGUGGAAGGACCACGAAGAUUCAAAAGUGAAGAGAGGCAUUGUGGAGCAGUGUUGUCAUAAGCCAUGUAGCUUCAACCACCUGCAGAGCUACUGCAACUGAAUUAAUAUAUAUCUAACAUGCUACUUCAUUAACAGAAGUCAGUAGCUAGGGCAGGAGGUAUUAUGUCAACCUUGUAUUUUUUUUGUUGGGCAGUGGUUUAUAAAUAAAGCUAAUUUGUAAGACUAGUAACCUUGGACUGGACUGUGAGUUGGAAUGUUUAGGCUCAGUCUAGAAAAAUAGGAAGGAAAGGACCAAGAGCUGAGGGAUUUUUCUUCAGUCCUAUAGUGCCCUCUACUGGCUACAAAGGAAUACAGUUGUUGCCAUGAGAACAAGGGGCUUGAGUUGACUGCAAGCACAGCAACAACCUGGAGAGCAAUUUGGGUAACAACUUUCUUCAGGGUAGGAACUACAGUCUAUUUCACAACUUGGUGACUCAAGGAUUUCAUAAGGUGCGUUAAUCGCUAGCUACAUUCCGUCCUAAAAACAGGGCACUGCUGAUAGUUUGCUCUCCAGAUUAACAGCUCUGGUACACAAAUAAAGGAAUCAACCAAAGUACAGGUAAACCAGACACUUUUUAAGGGACAAUGGAAGUCUGUACUGUGUGGGAAAUGUAUACUUACAUUGUUCAAGAGAUCUCCACCAGAGUGGAGCUGCGAAAUCAUCUGCACAUGCACAGUGGCAGACCCUGAUGUGAAAAUCCAUUCCAUUCGUUUUCAAUACAUUUAACAAACAUUUUGCCCCUCCGUGUUAUUCAUUCGGAAUAAACAGGCCUCUGGCAUUUUAACAGGCAGGCCUGAGAUGACUGCAUCCGGAACAAUUAUUUCAUUAACAAUCUAGUGUUACGACCGGAGUUGGAGACGUUUGGUCUCGUGCAUGCUUUGGAUUUAUGCAACAUUCGCCUAAAAUUGUAUGCGUGGAAGUUGAGCGGAAGUGGUAGCAUAUGGUGAAUGUCAACAUUGUGUUGCACUUAUAGUACACAUUUAUUAACUUAAAAAAUAUAUAUUUCAAACAUAAUGUAACUAUUACUACAGUUCUAAAUA